AUGGGACUCGGUUAUAAGAGCGAAAUUGGCGCCGUGUGCAGCGCGUGCAUUGCGGCCGUGUGGCUUUCCCAGCUGCCGCGUGCGUACCUCACCGUGGCGGUACCGGCGUCGCUUGUUGUUCAGCGGCUCGUGGCGCGCGGGUUUCGGAAUCGCGCGCGUCCGCCGCAUAAGGGCGACGAGAGCGCAAAGACCAAUGGAUCCGACAAGGCCGCGUCACAGCGGGAGCGGCACCCGGGAUUUGUGCUGUCGCGCGACAUGAAGGAGGAGGAGCGGCCAGUGGCGGUCGUCACGGGGACGAACAGCGGCAUUGGGUACUACACGGCCGUGGGGCUCGCGGUGGAGGGCUACCGCGUGGUCUGCACCUGCCGAAAUCCGGCCCUCAGUGAGUUGACGGCGGCGAAGAUUCGCGGGGCGGCGGAGGGGGCGCGGCGCAGGCGCAGCGGGGACCCCAGUUACGCGGAGGUGCCGGAACUGGUUCUUGUGGACGGGCGCUUUUCCCUCGAGUGCGAUGACUUUGCCAGCGUGCGACGGUUUGCGGAUCAGUUUCUGGCGGUGUACAAGCGUCUCGACGUUCUUGUGAACAACGCCGGUAUGAUGCGGAGGCGACUGGAGUUCAGUCGACACAAUUCACAGCUGGAGCUUCACACCGCGGUCAACUUUCUUGGACCGCUGCUGUUGACAGAACUUCUUGUGCCCCGCAUUCAGCAGAGUCAGGGACGUGUCGUGUACGUUUCCUCCGCGGCCCACCGUUUCCCGCAGAUGACGUUGGAGACGGGACUCUGGAAGAAGCUGACAGGCAGGAGUCUUAAUAGGCGUCUCUUAGAUGCCCUUCAGCAGCUCAAUCAAGGCGAGUCGGGUUCAACAGGCCCGCUAAUGCAGGCGACACUGGGUGCCGCGUUUGUUCGCUAUGGGGCAAGUAAAUUGCUUAAUAUUUACCACGCGCACUACAUUGCACGACAUCACAGGCUGCCUGCAUGCUCCCUGCACCCUGGCUGUGUCGGGACAAACUUCUCGAGGGACCUUAUGCGUGGGGAAUGGACCAGCCUGAUCUAUCAGUAUGCCUCUCUCCUCUUCCUAAAGACGUGGGAGGAAGGAGCACAAACGACGCUGCACUGUGCGAUGUGCGACGUCGAUGAAUUGAGGCUUGUCAAGCCGCCGGAGGGUGCGCCACAAACCGAGCCCGUUAGCCCGUACUUUGUGGAGUGCCGCGACCAGACACUUGAGGCAUUGCUGUCCUAUGGCUGGGACGUUGAGGAAGGGGACCGCAUUGUGGAGUGGGGGAAGCAGUUGGUUGGGCUGACACAGAAAAAAAGUUGA